CAUUUUAAGUCGAUAUUGGAUUAUGAAUUAUGUUGAAAUUAACUUUUUUCCACGAGUUAAUCUCUCUUGUUAUAAAUAUUCCAAGAUGAUUCAUUAUAAAAAUAUCACAAAUAAAAACAAAAAUAAAAAUUUCUCUCUCUCACAUCAAAAUAAGAAAAAGGUGUAUGCAUGGUGAAAGAAAAAUGAGGUGGUUGAUAUGGGAAGUUUUCUUCAUCCUAAGCGGUCUUUCCUCUUCACCUUCUCCGGCACCGGAAGCUUUCGUCGGAGUUCAAGACGGCCAUUUUCAGUUAAAUGGUUCUCCAUUUGUGUUCAAUGGCUUUAACUCUUACUGGAUGAUGUCCGUCGCCGCUGACCCGAACCAACGCCACAAAGUCUCCAAUGUCUUCCACGAUGCCGCCUCUGCCGCCCUCACCGUCUGCCGGACGUGGGCCUUCGCCGACGGCGGCUCCCCUGCCCUCCAAAUCUCCCCCGGCGUUUAUGAUGAGAUAGUUUUUCAGGGACUUGACUUUGUGAUAUGUGAAGCCAAAAAGUAUGGAAUUAGAAUGAUAUUGAGUUUGGUGAAUAAUUACAAAGACUACGGCGGAAGAGAACAGUAUGUACGGUGGGCCAAAGCUGCCGGCGUUGAUAUUUAUAAUGACGAUGACUUCUACACUAAUCAACUUAUCAAGAGCUACUACAAGAACCAUGUUCAGAGAGUAUUGACAAGGAAGAACACAAUUAGUGGUUUGAGAUAUAUGGAUGAUCCAACGAUUAUGGGAUGGGAACUUAUGAAUGAACCACGUUGUCAACUUGAUUCAUCAGGCAACACUAUCAAUAGAUGGGUAGAAGAAAUGGGAUCUUAUGUGAAAUCAAUUGACAAACAACAUUUGGUGGGAAUUGGAAUGGAAGGAUUCUGUGGAGAUUCAAGCCCAACCAAAAUCAAAUCCAACCCAAAUAGUUACAGACUUGGCACAGAUUUUCUCACUAAUAAUCUCAACAAAGACAUAGACUUUGCAACAAUUCAUGCAUAUCCUGAUGCUUGGCUACCAGGGCAAAGUGAAGCCACCAAAAUGGCAUUCUUGGAGGAAUGGAUAACAAUUCACUGGACAGACUCCAAGACUAUCUUAAAGAAGCCAUUGAUUUUUGAAGAAUUUGGAAAGUCAACCAGAGGCCAAAACCAAACAUCUAAUGUAAGAGACAGAGAUUCAUUCUUAAGUAAGGUUUAUUCAAUUAUCUACAACCUUGCAAGAAAUGGAGCAACCAUGGCUGGAGGUCUGGUCUGGCAAGUUAUGGCUGAAGGAAUGGAGUCGUAUUACGAUGGAUACGAGAUCGUUCUUCCCCAGAAUCCUUCGACAAAUGCCAUUAUAACACAACAGUCAAACAAGAUGGCUGCCCUCAACAUUAAAACUCAACAUCACCUCAACAAUAGAUACUAAAUACGUGUUCAGACUGUAAUAAUAAGUUUAGGUUAAGCUGAACUAUAGGUUGGAUUAUGCUAUUACUGGCUUAUGGGUUAAGAGUAAUGGCAAAUGAUAGCUUUCCAAGUGGAUGUCCAAGUGCUAGGCACUUUGUAGUCAGUUUAUUAGUUAGAAAUAAAAAUAUUUAUUUUCCUUCUGAUAUGACUAUUUAUGCCAGUCUCUUCAUGGCUUAACUCUUUAAGCUUCUAAUUCUCAAAAGGAAAGAAAAUGGGCAAGAGGGAUACAAGGGAUCAAAGAAAGGAGGGAGGAGAAAGGGGGAGAUGGAGAGAGAUUGUGAUAAUUGGUACUACUAGGAAAUAUAAUAAAAUAAAAAUCAAUUGUUAGGGACGACGAAACUCCAGAUAUCUCCACUAUGGUAUGAUAUUGUCCACUUUGGACAUGCACCCUCAUAGUUUUGUUUUUGGUUUCACCCCAAAAGGCCUCUUAUUAUUGGAGAUAGUUGUCAUCCCUUACAAAAUCACGAUCAUCCCCUUGUUUAACCGACUUUGAAUGCAUUCUCACCCAACAUCAAUCACAUCCUGUUACCCAUCAACAACUUAAAGGUAGGUAUUAAGUUGAUCAUCUCAUGACAAGGAUUAGCUAAAAGCUACAUUUUCAUGAACUGCAUAUUAUAUAUUGUGGAUAAUCUAUAGUAAAGAUUUUUCUAAAACCAAGAACUUCAUCUCUUAUAACUA